GUCCACAGAGUUGUAUAACUUGUUACAUGUGUGUCAACACAACAGUGUGAGUUUGGGUGUGUGACAUACGUUGUGGAUGCCUUCUUAUAAUAAUUAAUUAUGGAUAACUCAUCAAGAUGUAUGUAUUGUGUAAAGCUGAAGGUGGAUUUGAUUAAGAGAGCGUUCUGUGCCUUCUGCCAAGACCGCAUCUGGGGCCUUGGACGUCAAGGGUUCAAGUGUAUUCAGUGCAAGCUAUUGGUCCAUAAAAAGUGCCAUAAACUUGUACAGAAGCCGUGCAGCAACGAAGCUGUCGAACCUAUUGUUAGGGAUGAGCCCAAUGGUGACACCCCAACUAUUUGUACACCUACAUCUGAACUGUUACCUGAGCUGAAAGAUUUUCCUGAUCCCCCGAUUGAUCUUUCACCAGAUUCCGUCCCUAUCGAAGAUCAUACAAAACCAAGUGACGACUCUCUGGAGCCUGGCUCACAAAGACAGUAUUCGUUAGCUGACUUUGAGCUGAUCAGAGUCAUAGGAAGAGGCUCAUAUGCAAAGGUGCUCAUGGUAGAACUGAAGAAAACAAGAAGAAUAUAUGCUAUGAAAGUGAUUAAGAAAGCUUUAGUUACCGACGAUGAGGACAUUGACUGGGUGCAAACAGAAAAACACGUGUUUGAAACUGCGUCAAAUCAUCCGUUCCUGGUGGGCUUACACUCGUGCUUCCAAACCCCUUCCCGGUUAUUUUUUGUGAUAGAAUUUGUUAGAGGUGGAGACCUUAUGUUUCACAUGCAACGACAAAGAAGGCUUCCUGAAGAGCAUGCAAGGUUUUAUGCAGCAGAAAUCAGUUUAGCGCUGAAUUUCUUGCAUGAAAAAGGAAUCAUCUAUCGAGAUCUGAAGUUAGACAACGUACUGUUGGAUCAUGAAGGCCACAUAAAGCUGACAGACUACGGAAUGUGUAAGGAGGGUAUCAGACCAGGGGACACGACUUCUACGUUCUGUGGUACACCUAACUACAUCGCCCCAGAGAUACUCAGGGGUGAGGACUACGGUUUCAGUGUCGACUGGUGGGCACUUGGAGUUCUCUUGUACGAGAUGCUUGCUGGGAGAAGUCCGUUUGACAUUGCUGGUGCCUCGGAAAAUCCAGAUCAAAAUACAGAGGAUUAUCUCUUUCAAGUUAUCUUGGAGAAGACAAUCAGAAUACCGAGAUCACUAUCAGUGAAGGCAGCAUCAGUACUUAAAGGUUUCCUCAACAAGAAUCCUGGUGAUCGCCUGGGCUGCCAUCGAGACACAGGCUUCUUCGACAUAGCUAACCAUGCGUUCUUCAAGAGUAUCGACUGGGAGAUGCUGGAACAGAAGCAAGUUGGACCGCCAUACAAGCCACGGCUAGACUCCGACAGAGACCUCGCCAACUUUCCCCCGGAGUUUACUGAUGAGCCUGUACAUCUCACGCCUGACGAUACGUGAGUACUCAUUUUUUACAGAGU